AUGCGAGGAUGGAUAUUCUGUUUGGGCGGGACUGUGGGGGCUGACCAAAGAGUGUUCUGGACGAAUGAUACGCAUUCGGCAAUCGCUGAACCUUUAGGCGCGGAAUCUCUGACUGAAUCGUUAGUGCCGAUCAGCCGAAGCGAGCUGGAGGCCCAGGAACAGUCCCCGAAGUUGCAGGUCAUGACUGGCGCACAGGCAAUUGAUGCAAUAGACGCCUUGGAUAAGGGAAAGGCCUUGUAUAUCCUGUUGGGUGCCCGCUGGUGUUCUGAAUCGCGCAGGAUGCAACACAUCCUCCGAGAAAAUACAAUCGUCAAGCCUGAAGAACAAGUCUUUUACGUGGAUAUUGAUAAGGAUAAGGGAAGGUUCGCCACGCAGAUGAGCAUUGAAACUGUUCCUACAUUAGUACGGAUAAUAAACCAUAACGGCCUAAUUGAAACAGCUGAUUAUCUCGGACCUUCAAUCGUGGAUAAUGUUAGAUAUUGGAUAUUGCAACAGGAAGCUCUAGAUUCCAAACCAAUAUCUGGCGGAGGUCUAAUUCCUAUUGUGGAUGAUGUGAGCUCUGAACAGUGGAACUGGCUAAAAGAUCAUGCUGUCCUAUCAGCGGAAUGUGAUAGGGUCCAAGUUCUCAAGCAGGUUGGCCAUCCUCCAGCGGAUCUCAUAUUAAUUCAGGAUGAAAGCAUGGCUCAUGAAGGAGUUUGCUCGUUGCAGUGGUAUGGAAGAGCUUUUGAGCCCAGCAUUAAGGAGAUCACGUCGGAAAAUGUUCAGAAUUUGCCUGAAAAAUGGGAGGAUCUUCUAACGGAUAUUCCUGAGCCACUAAAGCUUGACAGCCACAACAUCCAUUGGAUUAAUAAUCUCCCAGAGGACGCGGCCGUCCUACUGGCUCUGGACAAGUCGGAUCAGAUGAGAAGUACUCUUCGCGAUGUUCUGGCAAAAUUGCGCGUGCACACGCGUGUGCAAACACGAUUGAAGGAGACGAAAAUUCUCGCUUAUCAAUUGGGAUUCGAUACCCCAUAUGAGAAACGAUUUGCUGACUAUCUGGGUCUCAGCACGCUGCUGAAGGCGUCUACGGGUUCAUCGUCGCUGGGGGACAAGAAAGACGGAAAAAUCAAACUCUCGCCAGGGGACGAGAAACCAAGCAGGAUAUAUUUGCUGAAGAGUACCAAGUUAUUCCUACCCAAAUAUUCCAUGAUGGUGAAUCCUGUGGGAUACAAUAUUAUGCAGUAUACGGAUGGUUUAAAGACUCGCAAAUUGGUCUACGAAUUUUCUCACGACAAAUUUUCUACGAAUUUUCCUUCAGCAGACGAGAUCGCAGCGUGGCUAACGGAAACUGAUUGGUCCAAAGAACGUCCCAUAUUGCUUAAGAAUGAGCGCCGGCCAUUCCGGUUCAACCAAGGGGCGGCCCUGAUGGAGGUAAAUGCCUCAACUCUGCAAAGAAUUUGGAUGGAUCCUGAAUCCAAUGUGAUCACUCUGAUUUAUACGCCCUGGUCUAGUCAUAGUCAAAUGCUUCUGGGGGAAUUCAGAAGAGUCGCUGAAAUAUAUUCUUCUACUCUGAUACCGUUCGUGACUUUCAAUGCAGCAACUAAUGAUCUGCCCCCUCUUCUAGUCCAUACGACAGACGGCGACCAGUGGAUGAUACCGACUGUAAAUGGCUACCCUUCCAUUUUUGUCAAGUCAGCACAGCUGGAUAGUUUAGUUGAUUACGUGGGGGAACGCGACGCAGAUUCCAUCGAGCAAUAUGUAGCUGAAACAUUCCGCGACGUGCUGAUCCCUUCUCCUUCAUCGUCCAGCAAUAGUCAGCCCAACACCCCAGAAGACCUUCAUCCUGAGCAGUAG